AUGCAAACGAUUCACGGGGGAACCCUUGCGAGUCUCGUUGAUCUCGGAGGAUCUCUGGCAGUUGCUUCCACUGGACGAUUCGCAACCGGCGUAUCGACUGACCUGAACGUGACCUAUCUCAGCCCCGGAGGCAAGCCAGGUGACGUCUUGAAGGGCACAUCCAUCUGCGAAAAGAUCGGAAAGACGCUCGCAUUCACAACAGUCCAGUUCUACAACGGCAAGGGCCAGCUCGUUGCACGAGGCAGCCACACCAAAUACGUCGCGGGAACGUUGGGCCCGGAUGGAGCCUUUGUGCCGCCACCGGAGUGGGCAGAUGAGGUUGACUAGAUCCGAGUCGGGCACAUUGAGACUACAUAAUUUACUACGGAGAUGGCAUAGAUCUACCUUGUACGUCAUCGGGCUACCUUAUAGAGCGGAUAGAAUUGAAAAUCAGAGGCAGAAUUAGAGCGAUUAAACGUUCCUGCAGUUCGGCUGUCGGUCAGCCGACCGUUGAAAUUCGGCGAAACGGCGAAAGGUGUGGCGAUUGGUAGCUAGGGAUGUGCAAUAGUACUUCUCCAUCAUGUAUGAUAUCGGGACUCUUCAGCUGCGCCUGUCGCGUCCAGCAUCCCUCUGGGCUAUCUAAGGUGGUGUAUUUUCGGUCGAAGGAAAAGGCAAUGGAAGGCGACAAGACGUCAUUUUAUGUAUGUACUUAGUCAGGUCUAGGCGAGAUCAGGGGUGGUGAAGACUGCAUGUGAUCAAUGGGCCGUCGUCAAAACCCUCAAUAUUCGAGCAAGAUGCAAC